AUGUUUGCAAGACAUUUAUAAUAUUCAUUCAUCAAGGAUAUCAUGACCAUGCAAAUGCAAGGGUACCUAGGAGUAUGUUCACAAUAGAUGCCAGAGAACUUGGGUAAAGUCUUCUAGUAAAUAACACUGUACAGUUUGUCUAAGAAUGACAAGAAGGAGGAGUUUGAUUUGAAUGUUCAAACAUAUAUCCAUAUAUACAGUUUAUGUUAGUUUAGUGCUUUUGAUGGCUCUUAACUUUCAUAGCAUGCAUAAAUUGUUUGUGAUGGAAGUUAUUAUUAAAAGGAUUUCCUGGAAUGA